GUGAAGUGCGGGGCCGGGCCAGUGCGGGUGAUAGAAGGAUAGAGGUUUUCACCACCUUUCUAUCGCCGUCCUAACCUCUUUGUUGUUCGCACCCCACGGAUGUCCCGGUAUCUCCGUAGCCGUGCAGCUGGUGCAAUAAUCGAUUACCGGUGAUCUAAUCGCGCGUGAAACAAUAAUAUGAUGUCGCGGUCAGUGCGCGCAGAGACUCGUAGUCGUGCCAAGGAUGACAUUAAACGUGUGAUGCAAGUAGUUGACAAAGUUCGCCAUUGGGAAAAGAAAUGGGUCACAAUAGGUGAAACAACUAUGAAAAUUUAUAAAUGGGUUCCAAUCUCCAACCUUGAUCAGAAGAAAAAAGGAAAAAUAGUUUCUGAUAAGGAAAACGGUUUACCAAGAAAAGGAGGAAUAGAAUCAUCAAAUUCAAAUUUUGGACUUACGGAAGAUUCCAAUACGUGUUUCUCCACUGUUAGCGAUUCUCAAGGACUGACAGACUUCUCGGCACAUUUGGGCUUUUCAGAGGACUCUAAUUCGCAAAACAGCGAACCCGCACCUAAGAGAUUAAAGACUGACUAAUGUUCGAUUCACAGUUACAGCAUCACCGCCAACGUCGUGUAGAGAUUGACACAUUUAGGGAUCUAUCUCUUUCGUGAAUUUGCACUUAAUAAUUUUACGUUAAGUCAAAACCUCUCAACAUGGAUGAACCACAAGAAAAGUUUUUUCUUUUCUGUCUCAUCCAAAUUUAGUGAGAUAUAGAUAAUAUAUAAAUAUAUAUAUACAUAUAUAUAUACAUACAUAUACUUAUAUAAUACUACAAAUAGUAUCAAUCCUAUAAAAUGUUUUGAAUUACGUAUAAUGGAGUUUAUUUUUUUACAUAUGAAUUUAUUAUAAAUUUCCCCAUUGAAUUUAGAAAACUAGAAACAAUGAUCGGCUAAUCGAAUGGAUUUAAAAUUAGGCAAAUGCUCAAUCCGUUUAUGUAUGUAUGUAUAUUACUUUUAUACAUAAUUUUUUAGCCCCCAAGUCAAUCAUUUGUAACCAAUGCAUAUGUAGAGUAAGGAUCGGAUGCAAAUCUGAUCAUUAAAUUUUAAUUUCUAUACAUUGCAUGGAAGCGACGCGUGUAGACGCAGUCGACAAAUUCUGAGUUUUCCGAUCUAUAUUCUGUAUGUCUUAGUUUACGAGAGAUUGAUUUGAAAAAAAUUGAAGUUUGCGUGAAGGAAUACGAUUGUACCCGUUUGUCCGGGAACAAUAAAGUAACAUGUACAUUACAUGUAUCCUUACGAAAUUCUAGGGUAGAAGUUGUAAAAGUGACUUCGAGAAAAUUGAAAAAGACCCGAUAUUUUAUAUUCGCAGCGAUUGUGUAGUAACAUUGCAGUAUUAUUUUCUUGUAAAAUUGAAUAUUUUUUUCUCGCUAUAACGAUAUAUUGUUGCAUCGAAGAGUAUCCUUGCAGAAUACUCAAAUUGUGUUAUGACGAUGAGUUUUACAGUAAGUGCUGAAAAAAUGCAUACAUAUAUAUACACAUACAUAUAUUUUACCUUCAAACAAGGUUCACACUUUUAACAGUCUAAAAAUUAUUGUAUAUAUUUCGAAUAUUAAUUUUUUCAUUUAUUGAUACUAUAGAAGAAUUUGCAUUCCUCUCUACGUUACGUUAUAGCACCGUGACAUGUACAAAAUAAGCUUGGACUCGAAUACGAAUAAAAUAGUUGAAUGACCUCUUAA